CUGGUCACUUGGCAAUUUAGAACUGCAACGGUCUUUUAUUGCUGGGAACAUUGAAAGUGUACAGCCCAAUUAUCGCACAGAAAAUCACAGGAAAUUGAAUAACGCGUUCUACUUCCAGAUAGAGUCGAAAAAAGAGAGAGUUUGCAAACUAUUUAAAAAAAAAGGUUAGGAAUCAAUGACAGACCAAUAAGAAAAGUUCUGCAAAAAAAUAAAAAUGGAUUUCUUGAAUCAGAGAAGAGAGGAAAACACACUAAUCUUUUCACAGUGGAACCUGUCAUAAAAUAAUCAGUUAGAAACCACAUCAACUCCAUAUCGCGUAUGGAAAGCCAUUACCUUCAUGCCAAUACUUUCACAGAGUAAAUAAAUGGUGGUAAAAGUUUAGUUGACUUACAUAAACUAUGUAAAAGAACAGGCCAAAAAACCAACCAGCUGCAAAUCUUAUGAUGUACUCAUGUAUUUUUAAUAAGGAGUUUAAUAUUUAAUUUUUUUUUCUCCCAAAAAAGAUUUAUGCAAUUUGUGCGAAUCUUAUAACAUCGCACCAGAUGUACCAAGUACAAAGGAAAAGUACGAGAAACAUCAAGAAGAAAAAAAAUUGAGUCGUAAAUCUAAAGAACGGGAUAAAAAAUGUGUUGGUGAUAGUUUUUGUCUUGGCAACAUUUGACCUCCAAGCGGUCAUGCCGUGUCCUAAAGGAAAUUUGUCAAUAUUCUACUACAAAUCGAAAAUAAACUCUUACAGUUUUACAAUUUGCGAAGUUGAUAAGAUGCUGUAGAAUGUUUUUUUUUGCACGAGGGCGAAGGACAUCGUGGCGCUAAUGAGAUAGGCUCUUAUAUAUUGAAGUAUUUGGAGAAAAAAGCUUCCGAAAUGAAUAAUGAUAAUUUGGAAUUCACCUUCUACUCUGACAAUUAUUGCGGGCAGAACCAGAAUCGGUAUAUCAUUGCAAUAUCCUUGCACGCUGUUAAAACACUGAAAAUAAAAGCUAUAAAACACAAAUUUUUGAUCUGCGACCAUACUCAAAAUGAAGGUGAUGCCGCCCAUUGUGUAAAUGAGAAGGAGAUAAAAAAAUCGCUUAAGAGUGGUCCAAUUGUCAUUCCGCAACAAUAUGUCACAAUAAUACGAACAGCCAAGAAACGAGGAAAUCCAUAUCAGGUGAACGAAAUGAUGUCUUCGACUUAAAGCAUUUGAUUAGAUUAGAUUUAGAUUUAAUUAGGACUAUGGGCCAUGUGGCCUCCCCCAUCUCGACCUUUUUAGAUCUAUUGUGAAUAUUCUUUAAUCAUUGUUUAGAGUACCUUGUCUAAUUCGGUCUUUUGCAGUAGACUCCAUAGACUGGGAAGUAGUUCUCCGGUAUAGCUAGUUGCACUUGGUUUUUCUUCUCCAAGUGUAA